UCUGCAUCUGGGAACCACCCAGCCGGAGCCGGCUGUCGGGCCGCUCGCCUCCCGCCCCGCUUCUCUGCGAGAACGUGCAACCGAGCGGACCUCAGGGAGCAGCAGCUGGGAACUACUACUGUGAGAAGACAAAAGCAGCAUGCUGAUCUUCUGUGCAUGAUUUCUCCCCCCCUCCCUCUGCAUUGAUAGACAUGUCAUCUGAAUACUUUAACUUGGAAACAGGAAUAGUACAUCUUCAGAAUCUACAGUCUUAUUGCCAAUGAUGCAGGCAGUCAAGGACCCUCAUCUAGAAUGACAGGGCAUCAUUAGGAGCCAUGUGGGAAUGAGUCUGCUGAGGGGGAGUGGUCCAGUUCACUUUGUUUAAAAGUCAGCUGCUGGCAGAGGAGAGCAGGGUUAAGAAGUAUGGAACUACAAUAAAAUCUGCUGGACAUGUGCUCUCAUGUGUUCAUGUAACGGCGUUGAAUUGUAGGGUCUCUUUUUUCCAGAGUGGCUUGGAGAGAUCUGGAAAGCCAUAGAGGAUGAUUGUUCUUGGGCUGAAAAAAGCAUAAAUUUGACCAAGGUCAUGCAUAUAACAGGGAAUUAGUAAUUCAGCCUAAACCAAGCUUGCUCUCAGCAUGCUUUUAUCAGGAAUAAUAAAGCACCAGCACCCAAACUCUCUUGGAGAGGAGCAACUAGAAAAGCAAGAUAAGAAUUCUCGGUCCAAAAGCUUGCCAAUUCUGAAUGGGUCCGUUCCGCAAAUUAAUACCACACAAAGUGCUCUCAUCGCAGCCAAAAAGAACUUCUUACAGAGUUUGCAGGGGGGCUCUGAUCAGAGAUGUGGCCUUGACCCCGAUAUAUCAGCACCUCAUAGUAAUGCUAUUGCUACUUCUUCCAAGACAGUGUUGUCUUUUACACCUUCAAGCUUUUCGAGAAUGGGGAAUUUCACUGAAAGAAAUAAUUGCAACAACUCUGCUAGAUUAAGUAAUGGAGUGUCACCAGCUUCCACACUGCUAGUAAUGCCUGGUAGAAAAUAUCUUGCUAUGGUAUUGACAGACUCUCGAUUCUUUUUGAUAUGUAUGUGUUUCCUGACUUUCAUUCAGUCACUAAUGGUCUCUGGUUACCUGAGUAGUGUUAUCACUACCAUUGAGAGAAGAUAUAGCCUGAAAAGCUCUGAAUCUGGGCUAUUGGUCAGUUGCUUUGAUAUUGGCAGCCUUUUAGUAGUGGUCUUCAUCAGUUAUUUUGGUGGGCAAGGGCGAAGGCCUCUGUGGCUUGCUGUUGGGGGUUUAUUUAUAGCUCUUGGGGCUGCUGUAUUUUCUUUACCUCAUUUCAUCUCUGCACCAUAUCAAAUCCAGGAAUUAAACUCCUCUGUUUCUAAUGAUGGCUUGUGUUUGACUGGAAAUUAUUCAACGAAAGGGCACCUGGAAUCAUCAGGCUGUCUGAAGAAUUCACGUGGAAAUGGCCACUCACUCUAUGUAGCUUUGUUUAUUUGUGCCCAAAUUCUCAUUGGAAUGGGCUCCACACCUAUCUACACUCUAGGACCAACCUACUUGGAUGACAAUGUCAAGAAAGAAAACUCAUCACUCUAUCUAGCUAUCAUGUAUGUAAUGGGAGCUCUUGGUCCUGCAGCAGGAUAUUUAUUAGGCGGAGUUCUUAUUGGGUUUUAUGUACAUCCUACAAGUACUAUUCAGAUUGACCAAAGUGACCCACGGUUCAUUGGUAACUGGUGGAGUGGAUUUCUCAUUUGUGCUAGUGUGAUGCUUCUCGUUAUACUUCCAAUGUUUGCUUUUCCCAAAAAACUCCCACCUCGACACAAGAAAAAGAAAAAAAAGAUGCGCUCUGAUGUUUCAGGUGAUGAUGAUUUGGUGAAAGAAAAAGUGAAUUGCAAAAAUGAGCUAGAGCCGGAAAUUUCUACAUCAAUGAACUUUGGAAAGAAUGUUAAAGAACUUCCAAGAGCAGCUUUCAGGAUCUUAAGCAACAUGACAUUCCUUUUUGUGAGUUUGUCAUACACAGCUGAAUGUGCCAUUGUUACUGCUUUUAUUACCUUUAUUCCAAAGUUCAUUGAGUCACAGUUUGGCAUCCCAGCUUCCAGUGCCAGCAUCUACACUGGUGUGAUUAUUGUUCCAAGUGCUGGUGUUGGUAUUGUCUUAGGAGGUUACAUUAUAAAAAAGCUAAAACUUGGUGCAAGAGAAUCUGCAAAACUAGCAAUGAUUUGCAGUGGAGUAUCUCUAUUAUGCUUUUCAACACUCUUCAUAGUUGGAUGUGAAAGUAUUAAUCUAGGAGGUAUAAAUAUACCAUAUACCACGGGACCUACUCUCACCAUGGCACAUAGGAAUCUGACUGGAAGCUGUAAUGUUAAUUGUGGCUGCAAAAUUCAUGAAUACAAACCUGUGUGUGGAUCAGAUGGGAUCACAUAUUUUAACCCUUGUCUUGCUGGUUGCAUUAGCAGUGGAAAUUACAGCACAGGAAUAAGAAAUUACACAGAUUGUGCCUGUGUCCAAAGCCGACAAGUUAUCACACCGCCCACAGUUGGACAGCGUAGCCAACUAAGAGUGGUGAUCGUCAAAACAUAUCUCAAUGAAAACGGCUAUGCUGUAUCAGGAAAGUGUGAUAGAACCUGCAACACACUCAUCCCUUUCCUCAUUUUUCUCUUCAUAGUAACACUUAUCACAGCAUGUGCCCAACCAUCAGCAAUCAUAGUUACUCUCAGGUCUGUGGAAAAGGGUGAGAGGCCUUUUGCCCUUGGCAUGCAAUUUGUUUUGUUAAGAACUCUUGCAUACAUUCCUACCCCAAUUUAUUUUGGUGCCGUCAUUGAUACUACCUGCAUGCUGUGGCAACAGGAAUGUGGCGUUCAAGGCUCUUGUUGGGAAUAUGAUGUGACGUCAUUUCGUUUUGUGUACUUUGGUCUGGCAGCCGGUCUCAAAUUUGUUGGCUUCCUAUUCAUUUUCCUUGCUUGGUACACCAUUAAGUAUAAAGAAAAGAAGCAGCAAAGGCAGAUGUGGGAAGAUGCUCCUGUUAGCACUGUGAGUGAAGUUGUGUAUAACAAAGUUGCUCAGCAAAACUAUGCAAGGACUAGAUCCUGUCCCACUUUUAGCUCUCAAGGUGACCAUGGUAAUGAUGUCAAUCUAACAACAACAAUGCAUUACACAGCACAAACCUAUCCUGGCCCCCCUACAAUAGAAGCAAUAACUACAUCAGUUGAGAAGGCUUCACAAGAAGUCACUUCUGAAAUAGAGGGGCCCUUGCAGUAACUUCAGAUUAUUAUUUAUUUGUACAUAUUAAGUAUGGGGCCUUUUAAAACGCCUGUGCCUUCUUUUUCCUAAUAAGAUCUGCCACUGAUAAUAAACCAGAACAGCUUAAUGCAUAGAGCCAUGGCAUAUCUGAGAGCUGGUUACCUCCAAACAACUUAGAGAUGGGCCUUUCUUCUUUUUAGGAACUGGAAUGUUAAAGUAGGUUUGCAAGUCCUUUAGGUAUGUCUAUUGAAGUUGCAUGUUCCAGGCAAAUGCUAAUAGAUUCCCUACUGCGAAAAUCAGUUCUGAUAGAAAUGUAUGCCACUGUUGAAGAUAAAGCAUCCAUGAUUCUUGAACUAGGAGAAAACAAGUAAUUAUUUUAAGUUCUAUUUCAAAGCACAACUUAGCUAUGCAACAUGAACUGGAUAAUUUGUUUGGUUCUAUGUAUUUUUAAAUCAAAAUUUUCAAUCACCUGACUUGGAAAAGGGGCAAUUUGAAGUAAUAAAAUAUCCAAUUAAACAUUUUAUUUUAAAAGAUAAAACAAUUUUAAGACAAAUCAAUAACAAGUUAAGUUAUUGAUAAUUUGUUUUAUUUUAGUAUGAUAGUGUAUUUUUCAUUUUAAUUGAGAAUUUAUAACUCAUUAGUGAUUUCAAUACUAUUUGUAAUAACUUUAAAGCGUAACAAACUGAUCAAUAAUUAUUGGUUUGUAUUUGCAUAUUUUUGCAAGAAGAAACAAUCAGCUGCAGAACUCCUAUUAAGUUCAAAUCCAAAUCUUAAGGUUACUUUUGUUUCUCUGCGUGCAGAAACUAACCUUGAUAGUGUGGCAAACUGAGAUGACUCUAGUAUCUAAUCCUCUGCUGGUAUGGUACAAUGGUUAUUUGUUCUAACACAUGGCCCAGAUUGCUGUUUACAUACCUCAUCAUGCCCUAAAUAUCAAUCUGAGCAUAUGCUGGUACAGUAAAAUGAUUGCUUUGCCAAAUUGUCUAUUCUUAGGUUCCUACUGAUUCUUGAGGGAGAAUUACAGGCCUUAACAAUCCAUUUCAUAUUAAAGGCUUGUACAGACCUGCUUAUAUUUUAGCAUUUGGCAUCUAUUACAUUUAUUUAGCUUUGUCAGCAAUAGAAAUUGUCUUGGGCAUCCUGAUCUGAUCACCACUUUUUCAUUACUGGAAAAAAAGGUGUGCGUUUAUAGAUGCCAAUAUCUGGAGAACUUGAGACUGAAACUCAACCUAUAAUGCUCAGUUGUGCAACUCUUUCACCCUGCCACUAGGGAUUUUUAAUGCAAAAGAUCUAUCCGCUAGAGUGGAACAUUUGCAAGGUAAGUGGAUGCUAUAGAUUUCCCAUCCUGCCAUCUGUCUGUUCAAAAUUAUACAUUUUAACUGUUUUUUCAUAUUGUUAGCCAUUUUUUUCUUCUUGGAGGAGGAGGAGUUAUGAAUAGACAAAUGGCAAGAAGAAUAAAUAUUCCACAGUUACUGCUUUUUGCACUUGCCAGAAUUAUUUCAUCUUUUU